AAAAGCCUUUGUUAAAUAACUUUAUGUUAAAUAACUUUAUAUCUACUCCAUCCUCUUAGAGAUUUAAAGCCCAAUAUUGGGAGAUAGUCCAUCAGGCACAAUUAUGAAUUUUUAUGCUGAUGUAGGCAUAGUUGCUUAUGGGUUUCAAAAGUUAUUAUAUGUUUCUGAAAGUUAAAUAUAAACCGUGGCCUUGAUUACAUAUAACAUUUUCUUUUCCCACUCAAAUGAGGCUUAACAUAAUUUGCUAGAUUUGCUUUCAACUUUACCUGCCUUAGAACCUCUCAUUCAAGCUUAUAGUUACUUUUUCAAUGUAGAAAAGAAUACAUUAUUAUAAGAAGUUCUUAAAGAAAGCAUUUCAUACUUCUCUGGCAUUGAAGAUUUUUUGUUUGUUUAUUUGUUACCUUGUUUGUUUAUUCAUGUGAGAGUGAGCGUAAAGCGAACCCUUACAGGACAAGGAAAAAUAUCUGGUAUUUCCUUACAGAUUUAAUAUAUGAAAAUUUUUACACUAUCACUAAUGAUGUCCCAGGAGUACUUUAAGCUAAAAUAAGAGAGUAUACAAUUCAUAACUUUUUAUUUAGAUGCACCCAUUGUUUGCAAAUAACUUUACAAUGUAGUAUAGAGGCAAAAAAGAUAAAUACAAGCAUAAUGGAUUUGAAUAAAGGGAUAAAAUUUAAAAGGUACCUGGGGAAUAUAUCAAGGGUUUGUUUGGCCACAUGGGAAGAUAAUGAGGAAAAAUUAUGGAAAUACUCAAGAAAGGCUUUCUGGAUGGGCUGAGUUAAGUCUAAAUCUAAAAGACUGCCCUGCUACGUGGUUAAGAUGGCAACUUGAAGUGAAGAUUGGAAAUGGGGAAAGACUUGAGUAUAGGGAAUGGCAAGAGAGAAUGUGUCUCAAGAAGAAAUUCAGCAGGGCAGAGCAAAGCAGUGAAGAGCCUUCACUUCAAUUGACAGCACCUGCUCUUUCACCCUUAGAAUAGGUUGACCUUGAGUUCAGCAGUGUUUCUGGUGACUAACAGAGAAUGAGGGGAAACAGGGCACAAUCUGUUAAGUCAAGAAGCCUGGAAAUAUUGGGUAUGCGGAAAUAUAACAUGAUAAUGUUAACAGUAAUUAAUAGUAAACAGAAGACUAGUUCUGUUUUCUUAAGAGAUAUUUUUCAGUUUGGCACCUAGUAGGCACUGUAUUAUUCAGGGCUGUGUACUUUGACUCACAUGUCAUUUUUAGUGAUACUCACACACAUCAUUUAUUGAUCUGUUACUCUGUGCUAAUCUAUUAUAUGCUAAGUGCUUUACAUAGUUUGCUCAUACAUUUAAUCCUUAUAACAAACCUAGAAAUUAUAUAUUUUUACAUCCAGUUUUGCAAAUGAGACAAUUAAAAUAUCAGAGUGGUUAAGUAACAUAACUUGCUUAAGAUCAAGGAGAUAAUAAAAGAUAGAAUUCUAUUUGGAUAUAAGUUUAGCUAACUCAGGGGCCUGGAUUCCAACCACUACAUUUGAGUUUUAGCAUAGAGAUUGCAAGUUAGUGACUAGAGCACCAAAAUAAGCCUGGGGACCUGCUUUGUUCAGACUACAUAGUGUGUUUUCAGAAAACCUGAAAUGUGAAUUUUUAUGCAGGGGACUGUUAACUGGCGUUAUUAUGCAUCAUUGUCUUAAACCAUCCUGACAUUUAAGAUUUCAGUCUCUUAUUUAAGGUUACAGGUUGAAUAAUAUCUCCCCUACGUUAUCUAAAAAAAGAAUUAUGUGUGUGUAUCUAUGAAAUAAAUUAGAACAACACUUAUUUAAACAAAGAUUUAUUGUUUAUGCUGAGAAAUACAAGAACAAGAAACAUUUGGGGGGAAAUACUAUGAUAUUCUUAAAGUAACCAGGAACAUUGGUUUUGCAAUAAUGAGGUGACAAGUUUCCAAAAAUUCCUUCUUUCUCUGCUGAUUUCAGAUCUUAUUUUCCAUGAGUAGACAGAGCCAGAGGGAUUCCCUUCUGUAAUCCUCAUCCAUAUGUCCCUACCAGCCAAUUAAUUGCUUAUUAAUGCAUCAACCUAGGUGUUAAUUUUGUUGACAGACACAUUUAAGAAAGAGAUUGCUGGAAGCCACUUUAGGCCUGUCCCCAGGAAAACGUGGUCUCAGCUGUGGGAAGCCUGGAGCAGGCCUUGACCCGUCUGCCAGACCCCAGGUGAGGCCCAGCGCCUCACUCUCACUGGGUCUUUGUGCAGGGCACCGGCGGCCAUUGUGUCCUUGGAGGGAAUGAAAGACCCAGCAAUCCUCCCCCACCACCACCACCACCACGUCUAGGGCCUUUGAGGAAUUCAAAGAAAACUAGCAGCGCUUGCAAGGGCUCUCAGGCUUUCAGCAUCCCAGAAAGGCCGUGGGUAGCCUUUCCGAAGUCAGAUUCCAGAUGCGAGGCAGUUCGCAGAUGCGAGGCAGUUUCCCUCUCCUAGCGUCCCUCAUGGAAACCUUGAGCCCUAUUGAAAAGUCCUUUCAGGGCUUUGGAAGCCUCACCCUGGGUGGUACUUAAACAGGAAAAAAAAAAAAAAAACUAAACUAAACCUGUACUAGCCACCUGCGGGGAGGGUUCUCCUGGUUCCCAAUAGGAGGCGGAGGAGAGCCUAGGGGCGUGCAAGAGCGUGGGGGCUGGGCUUCCGGGUAGAAAGAGGCCUCAGCUGCAGGAGGCCGCGGCUUCAGGACAGCUGCCCUGGAUCCCGGCGUUGGAGGAGGAAGCAAGCGAAGGGACUAGUUCCUGAGCUUCUCAAUUCCUGUGCCGCCUUCUGAGCUCCCAGCCUGCCGGGUCGCAAGAUCCCUACCGCUGGGGUUGCUUUAUUUGCCAGGCGCCGCGAGGCCGGCUGAGUUACUGGCAUCCCGUCCACCACCUCCUCUCCCGACCUAAUGCUACAAAAGAUCUUCCGGGGGCUGCACCUGCCUGCUGUCGCCUGAGACGGAUUUGAACAAUCUUAUCUUGGCUUUGGACCUUAGAAGAGAAUCACUAAGUGAGUAAGCAGGCAUUUUGGACAAUUGACUGGUUGAGCCCAUCCCUGUUAGAAAAAUGUCUCAGAGCAGCCGGGAGCUGGUGGUUGACUGUCUCUCCUACAAGCUUUUCCAGAAAGGAUACAGCUUGAAUCAGUUUAGCAAUGUGGAAGAAAACAAGACUGAGGCCCCAGAAGGGACUGAGUCGGAGAUGGAGACCCCCAGGGCCAUUAAUGGCAACCCAUCCUUGCACCUGGAGGACAGCCCUGCGGCGAAUGGAGCCACUGGCCACAGCAGCAGUUUGGAUGCCCGGGAGGAGGUCCCCAUGGCAGCAGUGAAGCAUGCACUGAGGGAGACGGGUGAGGAGUUUGAACUGCGGUACCGGCGGACAUUCAAUGACCUGACAUCCCAGCUCCAGAUCACCCCAGAGACAGCAUAUGAGAGCUUUGAACAGGUAGUGGACGCACUCUUCCGGGAUGGGGUAAACUGGGGUCGCAUUGUGGCCUUUUUCUCCUUCGGCGGGGCCCUGUGCGUGGAAAGCAUAGACAAGGAAAUGCAAGUGUUGGUGAGCCGGAUCGUAACCUGGAUGGUCACUUAUCUGAAUGACCACCUAGAGCCUUGGAUCCAGGAGAACGGCGGCUGGGACACUUUUGUGGAACUCUACGGGAACAAUGCAGCAGCCGAGAGCCGGAAGGGCCAGGAACGCUUCUACCGCUGGUUCCUGACGGGUAUGACUGUAGCUGGUGUGGUUCUGCUGGGCUUGCUCUUCAAUAGGAAAUGACCAGACACUGACCAUCCACUCACCCUCCCAUCCCUUGCCCUGCCCCACCACAUCCCUCCGUCCAGCCACAUUGCCACCAGGAGAACUACUACAUGCAGCCCAAGCCCGCCCACCCACCCAUCACUGGCUUGGGCCUAUACCUGGUCCCCUGCAACUAGUUUUCUAGAAUUUACCACGCUUCGGUGAGAGCCACCUUCCCCCCCACACACACACAUCUCAGUUCUCUCAGCCUUGAAAUCCACAAAGUCCCCAAAAUCUGCCCCAUGGAGGCUGGCAGAUACUGGAGGGCUUGUGGCUGGGGGCAGGAUGGCCUUGCCUGAUUGGUGGAACCCUUACCACUUAGCCUCCCAGAAGUGUUUUUCUGCCAGGGAGCUGGCGAGUUUUAGGAACCUCUUCCUGAGAGACUAGAUUGCCUUUGUUUCAAUGUGGCCUCAGAAUUGAUCAUUCCCCAUCCCUACCCCUGACCUAGAAUCCUCUUCAUUCCAUCCCCAUCCCCAAGAGCCACUUAGGAGACAUUUGUGACUACAGAUUCAGGCUGCUUGGAAUAAAGAAGCAAGGACCAGGACCCCGCACCUCUGGUCUGGCCAAAGUCCCCACUCCUUUCUGAAUGUCCUCCAGAGGCCUCUGGCUAGAGGCCAGCCCCAUCCCACGCCGAAGCUAGAAUGGUCCUUGCAUUUUCGCACCACCGUAGUCCCUUCCCUCCCCCUGGUUCCCAUGCCCAAGACAGAUGGUGCCCCAGAGCUGUUGAUGGCCUCAACUGCCUCACUUCCUGCAAGAUCGGCUGGUGUGUGGCAUCUUUGCCUUGGGCUGUUGCCCAUGGAGUCCAGAGGUUCUGGGGCCUCAGCUCAGAGGUGAAGAGGAGCUAUAGAUAGGGACAGCUGUGGGUGCCCUCAGGUCUUGGGGCAGGAAGGGUAGAAAGAAAAGCCUGGUUCACAGGGUGGGAGUGGGGCAGACUGCAGGGGCCAGUCCUGCCUGACCAGGCAGAUUUGUACCCCAGCCCCAUCUAGCCUGAUCCCUUCAGCCCUCUCUCCUCUGCUGCACCCUUAGCCAGUCUCAUCCCUGGGCGUCUGGGCCCAGCCCCAGUCAUCCUGGGCGCUCUGACACAGAUAUGUGAGACUAGUUUUUCUUCCUUGUGAAGAUGAUAUACUAUUUUUGUUAAGUAUGUCUGUAUUUAUGUGUGAGGAGCCGCUGGCUUGCUGUGUGCACGCAUGUGGAGAGCUGGUGCCAGAGAUUGGACAGCCUGCUGCUCCCUGCCCUGGUCGGGGAAA